UUGAGCAAAGUAAAGACAAUUCUUUUUGCUACUUCACAUCCCAAGUCAGAUGUUUUCUUUGAGAAUUUACAGAAUACUGAAAUGCUUGUUGUGCUCUCUGCUCCUUGGAAAGAAUUAUUUGUCCACGACCACCAAGGAAGUAGUAGAUGGGAAACACAUGAAGUUGAGACCCUCCCACGUGUAAAGGUUUUGCAGCUCACCGAAAUGCCGGAGCUGAUUCAUCUAGGAAUGGAAAACUCCCAACCAGGGGGCCCUGUUCUUCCAAACUUGGAAGUUCUAUGGCUGAUCAAUUGUGGCAGAUUAGAGAAUCUAGCUUCAACUUUGAUAUCCUUUCGGAAUCUAAUCUAUUUGGGCAUACGGAGUUGUCACGGACUGCAAUACUUAAUACCUUAUUCUGUGGCUAAGAAUUUGCAGCAACUCAUGGGGUUGGAAGUUGUGUCCUGUCAAAGAAUGGUAGAAAUAGUAGCGAGCAAGGAAGAUGAUCCAGAAAAUGAGAUUACUUUCAGUUGCUUGCAACGUUUGAAGCUUUCUGGUCUACCAAGUUUGCAAGGCUUUUGCAGGGGAAAUUGCAUUUUCAAAGUCCCAUCCUUAAAAACUUUGAUUGUCGAGGACUGCCAGCUGAUCCACUUAAAGAUUUCUUCUGAUGGGUUGCUCCAAAGUGAUCCAAGACCAGAAAGACUACAAAUAGCAGAGGAAACUGAUGAUGUACCGAUGCUAAGUGAUUCAGAGGAGAAUGAUCAUGAUCAAACUGAGCAGCUGAUGAUUGCAGAUUCAAAUGUAGAUGUUACAAUUGCAAGACUCUCUACCAAAAAGGAAUCCUCAUCUUUUGCCUAGCAUGUUAAAGUUUUCCGAUUGUGUGCAAUUGCGUGUUUGUUCGUUAUUUUCCUUUUCCUUUUGUUUUUCCUUUUCAAGGAAGAAAUAUUAGCCUGGAGAGAUGACUGGACUUACUCU